UCUUGUUGGGCUUUUUCUGUAGUGGCGCGAAAAGGAGCCGGAGAUGGGGCCGGGGAUUAUGGAUGCCGUGGUGGCCGACCUCAAGGUCUUCGGGCUGGAUUUCGCGGAGGGGGAAGACAAGGACGCGAUUGCCGAGAAACUAGAAGAAUGCUGCGCGGCGGGAUGGGUGACCCAGUCGGAAUUAGGGGACGAGCUGAUCGCUUUUGCCAUGCGCAAGGAGAUCCUUCUUCUGACUCUGGAGAACUUAUAUGCCUUCGAACACGAGGGGCUAAACAAGAGAGCCACGAGGCCGCCCAGGAGGAAGGAGGACCGGUGGUCCGGCCUGGGGGACAUCAGCUCCGUUCAAGAGCCUCUGGACGUCAACGAGGAAGACGAGGACCUGCUGGAUGCCUACGCGUCGCCCUCAAAACCCUCUCAGAAACGUGCCAUCACCACGCCGGAGAACCCCUGUUCCAAGCGGACCCCCUCUGGCCGCAGCCCCCGCCUGGCCUUCUCGCCCAACAGCUUCUCGCCCAGUGCCACCCCUUCCCAAAAGUACGGCUCCCGGAAGAAUCGUGGCGAAGUGGUGGCCUCUUUUGGGUCGGCACCAGGCACCAGAAGCACCAGGUCUCCCCCUUUGGUUCGGGUGUACAAUGCCCCCCAUUUGCUCACCAAACCGUACAAAUUUAUGUUCCAGGAUCUGAUGGAGAACCGUGAUGUGCUGUCCUACAAGAUUGAAGAACUGGGAGAUGCUCUAAAGGCGCAUUACAAAAUAGAAGAAUUUUCCUCUGUCAUCGUGCCGGUGCAGGAGUCCGUGACCGUCUUGGGCCAGAUUGGCUGUGAUUCGAACGGGAAGCUGAACGCCCACUCAGUCAUCCUGGAAGGGGACCACGAGCACUCGUCGGGGGCCAUGAUCCCAGUCAACAUUUUGGAGCUCUUGGACUAUUCCCUGUUCCCAGGACAGGUUGUAGUCAUGGAAGGGAUGAACAGCACCGGGAAGAGGCUGAUCGCAUCCAGACUGUACGAGGGGGUGCCACUUCCCUUCCACAAGCCAACAGAAGCGGCUGCAGAUUCAGAGCCGCGGAUGGUCCUGGUUUCCUGUGGCCCCUACACCACAUCCGACAGCAUUGCCUACGAGCCCAUGGUGGACCUGCUUGAGAUCAUCAACAGGGACAAGCCGGACGUUUGCAUCUUGCUUGGACCGUUCCUUGAUGCGAAACACAAGCAAGUCGAGGAAGGGCAGCUCAUUGUUUCAUAUGAUGAGGUCUUCAGAAAGUGUUUGAAGACCAUCAUCGAAGGCACAAGGAGUGCCGGCUCCCACCUGGUUGUGGUUCCUUCGCUGAGAGAUGUGCAUCACGUCUGCAUUUAUCCCCAGCCACCCUUUGCCUACGAACUCUCCAAAGAGGACCGACAGAGAGUGCUCUUCGUCCCUGAUCCCUGCACUUUAGAGAUCGACGGGGUGAUUUUCGGCUUAACUUCGGUGGAUGUGCUGUUCCAUGUGGGAGCAGAAGAAAUCAGCCGCUCUUCCGGCCUCCAGGACCGUUUCUCUCGAAUUCUCAGACACAUCCUGACUCAGCGGAGCUACUAUCCUCUCUACCCACCCCCUGAGGACAUGAAUGUGGAUUACGAGCAUUUCUACCCUCACGCCUCUCUGCCCCUCACGCCGGACUUCUUGAUCACUCCCUCUGACUUGAAAUACUUCAUUAAGGACAUCCUGGGGUGCAUCUGCAUUAACCCCAGCCGGCUGACGAAAGGACAGGUGGGGGGCUGCUAUGGGCAGCUGUGGGUCCAGCCCCAGACCUGGGGGGCCGAGCGGAAGAGCCCGUGCAUCGCUGCGCAAGUGAUCAAGAUCUAACCAGGUCCCGCCACCCUUCCCGUAAACUAUGGACCUUUCGCUGAAGCUGGCCAAAACACGUCUAGCCAUCAAGGGGAUGAGUUUAGAGAUGCUUC